AUGGCUGAGAAAGAGAUCAACGAUCUGCCAGUAUACAGACCAGACGGUCGCCGUCUUGGUGUCGUCUUUGAAAACAUCACCGUUACUGGAGUAGCAGCCGAAGAGAACACAGUCACAGAUUUCGCCCAAGUUCUGGAAAACAUCAUUACACUACCCUACCAGGCCGUCAAACUCUUUGCUGGAAAUCGCCGCAAGAACGUCCGCAAUCUGAUUCAGGAUGUCUCUGGAGUUGUCCGACCUGGAGAAACGUUACUCGUACUGGGAACACCCGGAGCCGGCUGCUCAACGACACUUCGUGCUAUCGCUAGUGAUGUCGAGUCUUUCGUCGGUGUAGACGGCCAGGUCUCCUACUCUACUAUUUCUUCUGCUGAGGCUAGAAAGUUGUACAAGUCAGAGAUUGUCUACAACAAUGAGGAAGAUAACCACUUCCCAAAGCUGUCUGUUGGAAACACGCUCGACUAUGCCUUGGAACUGCGCAAACCGGCCAAGGAUGAGCUACCGAAGGCCGAAUUCAAGCAAAACAUGCGAUCAAAGCUUCUCGAUAAAUUUGGAAUCUCACACACCGUCAACACUAUUGUUGGAAACUCUUUUGUAAGAGGUGUAUCUGGUGGUGAACGCAAACGUGUGUCUCUAGCAGAGGUCUUGACGACAAACCCAGCAGUCGCAUGUUUCGAUAACCCAUCCCGCGGUCUGGACUCCUCAUCAGCUCUUGCUUUCUGUCGCCUGCUCAAGGACAUGUCGAGAAAGACCGGGAUGGCCAACAUUGUCACCAUGUAUCAAACAUCACAAUCCAUCUACGACCAAUGUUUCGACCGUGUGAUUGUGCUCUACCAGGGCAGAAUGAUAUUCUCUGGAAAGACGGCAGCCGCACGCCAGUACUUUAUCGAUCUUGGCUACCACUGCGAGCCUAGACAAACUACCCCCGAUUUCUUGACUGCCGUCACAUCCGUGACCGAGAGGACUGUUCGCAGUGAUCAUCUCGGUCCUGUGCCGUCAACACCUGAUGAGUUUGCGCGAGUCUUUAGAGACAGCGAAUUCUACCUGGAAUUACAGGAAGAUAUAGCAGCCUAUCGAUCAGAGCACGCUUCGAACUCUGCCUACGUUAACGACUUCAAGGCUGAAGUCCAGCGCGUUCGCUCAUCUGGUGUUUCGAAGAAGGCAGCGGAGCCACACUCGCUCCCUCAGCAGAUUGUUACUGCAAUCAAGCGACACUACCAACUCACGUGGGGCGAUCGCAACACACUCUACACCCUCUUACUACUGAACGCUGUCAACGCUGUCAUCACUGGUUCUGCUUUCUACAUGGCUCCCAAGACUGCAACUGGUUCUUACGAGCGUGGUGGUGCCAUUUUCUUCUCCUUGAUCUACUUCUUUCUGAACGCGCUCGCUGAAACUCCCGCUACUGUUCUCUCACGUUCAAUCGUAGUCAAGCAGAGGAAGCUCGGUCUUUCUCAUCCAUCUGCAUACGUUCUAGCCCAGACCGUGGCUGAUCUGCCCAUCUCACUGUUCCAAGCUCUGGUCUUUUCCUGCUGUUACUACUUCAUGCUUGGCCUUGGCAAAACGGCAUCGCAGUUCUUUAUCUUCACUCUCAUCGUUUGGGUCCACUAUGGCGCUACAAGUGCUCUGUUCCGCAUGAUUGGUGCCGUUGCCCCUAACCUCAAUCUCGCACUGCUGAUGGCUGGAGCUGCUAUUCCUCCUUGUCUUACCUACUCUGGUUUCGCUCCUCCGUGGCCGACCUUGCAUGCGUGGGGCAGUUGGAUCCGUCGCAUCUCGCCUUCGCCUUGGGCUUUAGAAGCCCUGACAGGAAACGAGUUUUACGACAUCACGCUUUCUUGUACUGACGCCCAGAUGGUUCCUAGUGGUCCUGGCUACAACAAUCUUGCUAACCAGGGCUGCACGCUUCCCGGCAGUGUCAAAGGUAGUCCCGAUGUGCCUGGUGCAACUUAUCUCUCCUUGACAUACGACAUGUCCAGGACUCACCUCUGGAGAAACUUCGGUAUCGUCAUUGCCAUGUGGAUUAUUUAUACCAUUAUUGCAGCCGUCGGUCUUGCCUACACUGCUCGUGAGCAGGGCGGCGCUAGCGGUCAUGUUUUCAAGCGCGGAGCUCAGACUGAGACUAUGCCUAGCACUACUGCCAAUUCCAGCGGUAUGACCAUUGGUGAGCAGGAUCUCGAGAAACAGCCCAGCCGUACUGUUCAUGACUUGACUCUGAACCCCGUCUCUUCUGCCUCCUCGGCCACACGCAUCGACGACAAUGGCAGUGACUACGCAAAGUCUGACACCAACGGAUCAUCUUUCACCUUCGAGAACGUGAACUAUUACGUCAACGUGGCAGACGGCGAGAAGCAGCUUCUGCAAAAUGUUUCCGCGUAUGCUCGCCCAGGCCAACUCACAGCUCUGAUGGGUGCUUCUGGAGCCGGUAAGACAACUCUCUUGGACACAAUCAGUCAAAGAAAGAGCGAGGGACGCGUCGAAGGUGCAAUGCGACUUAAAGGCCAGCCUCUUGAUGCUACUUUUGGAAGAUCUUGCGGUUUUGCUAUGCAGCAAGAUGUCCACGAACCGUUCUCCACCGUCAGAGAAGCCUUGCAAUUCUCGGCCGAGCUUCGCCAGCCUGCUGAUGUCCCUUACGCUGAGAAGAUAGAGUAUUGCGAGUACAUUAUCAAGCUGCUCGAGCUCGGUCCUAUUGCCGAUGCUCUGAUCGGUACGCCCGGUGAAGGAGGUCUAGGAGUUGAGGAGCGCAAGCGCGUCACCAUUGCUGUUGAACUUGCUGCUAAGCCCCUCACCUUCUCUUCCUGUGGCCUCGACUCGCAAGCUGCCUACAGUAUUGUUNNUUUCUUCCUCCAGCGUAUCGCUCGCGAAGGCAUUCCCAUCAUCUGCACUAUCCAUCAACCUUCUGGUGUCCUCUUUGAGAUGUUUGACCAUGUUCUGCUCCUCGCACCUGGUGGUCGUACCAUCUACUUCGGUGAGACUGGCAAGAACUCUGUAAAGGUUGUCGAAUACUUCGAUCGCUAUGGCGCGCACAUGAACGAGUCUGAGAACCCUGCCGAGUUCAUCAUCUCCACCGUCUCUGGCGCCGACAACUCUGCUGUCUGGCACGACAACUGGCUUCAAUCUCCUGAAAAGGCACGUGUCUUGCAGACCAUCCAGAUGAUCAACGAGAAGACAUCAGUCGCUGGCCAGUCUACUUCUUCUAGCACCGGUCAAUUCGCUAUGCCUAUCUGGCCUCAGAUCAAGGCUGUCACCAAGCGUCACUGGAUUUCCGUCUGGCGAGACGGUAGCUAUAACUUCAGUCGCUUCUUCAAGUUCCUGUGGUGUGAGCUUUUCAUCUCAUUCACCUACUUCAUGGUCAAGACGGAUAUCCAAGGCUUGCAGAAUAAUGUCUUGAACCUCCUCAUCAUUGUUCAGAUUAUCCCUGCUGUUGCCCCUGAUCUCCAAUCCAUGUGGUUUAGCAAGUGGGCAACCUUUGAAGCCCGCGAGAGAAACGGCAUCUAUUCAUGGAAAGCUUUGACUACCGCUAUGAUCUCUGUCGAGGUGCCUUACAUGCUCGUCGGCUUUACUCUGAUUUACUUCUGCAUGUACUGGACCGUAGGCUACACCAACGAAACCACCAUCGCAGGCUAUGAAUACCUUCAAUUCAUUACCUGCGGCAUCUUCGCCCUGACUUGGAACCAGCUUCUAGCCACCAUGUUUUCCAACAUGCAAACCUGCGGCUUGGCAUCUGCUCUCUUCUGGAACAUCCUCAUGAUUUUCAACGGCACGCUGAUCCCUCACGCCGCACUCAAUGACUUCUACCGUAACUGGCUGUACUGGCUUGAUCCUUUCCGCUGGUUCUUCGGCGGCAGCGUGAGUAACCUUCUCAAGCCCGUUCCCGUAAACUGCUCUGCCAACGAUCUUGCCCGCUUCGAUCCCCCUGCCGGACAGACCUGUGCGGCAUAUGCUGCCGACUACCUCUCCCGCAGCACUGGAUACCUGGUCAAUCCUGAGGCAACGCAUGACUGUGGAUACUGUCCCUACUCGCAAGGAUCAGAGUAUGCAGCCACCAUGGACUAUUACUACUCUCAGCGCUGGAGGGAUUGGGGCAUUUUCCUGGUGUUUGCUUUGGUGUCGAAUGUUGCGCUGAUUUACUUUAUCACUUGGUUUACUAGGGUGAGGGGUAGAAAGACGAAGAGUGCCUGA